UACAUGAAAAAUCAACAUAUAUAUCUCAAACCAUUGCGGAGUAAUAACGCUCUCAAGAAAACGUUAUAUUUGGAAGCAUAUACGUUGCCCGGGGCCUUGUGAUCUCCUUUAAGGGGCGUUUCAGGAAGUUUGCUGUAAGAAUUGCGAAAAUACAAGGAGAAGUGGCGUAACUUCCCAGAUCACCAUAAAGACGCAAAUUAUUUUACAGUUAUACAAAAGAAACACAUAAUGAUUUCGGAGGAGAUAACUUUAUUCGGGAACUUGUCGCAAUCAGAGAAAUGACACUGUCACAAUGCUUCGCAUUUUCCUGUGGAUUCAAGCCUUCGUCCAAGUAUUGUCUGUGGUGACCCUGGCACCACCACAGAACAUCCAUGUUAAUAAUUGGCAAUUGACAUGGACCCAUGAUUCUGAGAAGGAAGAUGUUACUUACACUGUUCAGUACCGCAGCUUUGACACCAGUGUGUGGAAAGAUGUUCAAGCCUGUGUACAGACAUUCUCCACUUCUUGUAAUGUUACUUCCACCAAAGCUGAAAGUGAGCAUGGGUGUGUUAUGCUACGUGUGCUAGCUGAGAGACAGGGGCUGACCUCAAAACCUGUCAAAGCCUGCAGCAGGCAUGGUGACUCCUGUACCCCUGAAGUCAGUCUGACUGCACGGCCUGGCUCCCUAACAGUGUUUUUAAGUAGGAACCACAGUAUGGUUCUUGAACAUGGUGACCAUGUAAAACACAGGGUUUAUUAUGGCAAGGAAGGGCAGUCUCUGCAGAAGUAUAAAGAUGCUGUUUACUCAUUGUCCAUCCCUGGGCUGGAGGAGGGACAGCGUUACUGUACAAGGGUGCAGUAUAUGUUAUAUGAGAAACCUUUUGGACCAGAAAGCUGUACCCAGUGUGAGGUCAUCCCUGAGUCAGAAUAUGAAAGACGACAAACAGUCAUCAUAACGGCUAUGGUGGUAGUUGUUGUGGUACUCAUUCUGAUACCUGCGAUAGCUUACAUCCUCAUCUUCCAACAUGGGAGGAUCAAAAAGUGUCUGCACCCUCCAUGCAAGAUUCCAGACAAUUUUCUCCUUGAGCCAUUUUCUGAGCAUCACAUCCUCAGCAGCCCCAGCGAGGAACACUAUGAUAUCAUUACUGCCAUGGAGUAAAUGCAGCUGCCCUCUCUCUGCUCUUGCACUACUACCACCUCCUUUUGUCCUGCUCAUUUUGCUGUUGUGGGAAUCAGACUUGAGACAUUCUCUGCAACCUGCUGUCCUGACUCGCCCACAUUUAUAAAAGAAAAAAGUACACUUUGCCCUCUCUACCUACAGAGAACCACAGUCAACAUAGAUCACCUCAUCAGAAACAGUUACAACCAAAUGCAGACAACAGUCACACAGAAUCAGUGUGACCUCACCAUACACCUACUUGACACUAGUUAUAGGGAAGAACACCACAGGUCCCUCCUUUGAGCCAAAAAUACUGAUGUGAUAUAUCUUAAAAAGGCAUGCCUGUACACUAUUCCAUAUUUAUAUAUGGUUUCUUUGCCUAUUAUAAAGUGUAUCACUUCCAUUUCUAAGCACUUUUUUGAGUCACAGUAUUUCUGCUUUAUAGGCAGUAGUGAACUUGCAGCUUUCCACACUCAUAGCAUUAUUAAUAGUAGCCUUUUAUAGCUCUAAAGAUAUCAUAAAGGCAAAGCUCUUAAUGUGGUACAUCUCUCCCAAAAUUGAGUACUUUGUUUAAAAAAAAAACUUGACCUAAAGCCAUCCUACAAAAUGAGCAAGAGGUUCAGUGUGAAGGCUGAGAAUGAUCAUCUGUGUCCCAUCAUUUCAGAUCAGUACUAGGGACUAUAACAAAACAGGAUUCAUCUUCAAAUAGAGAGUGUUUGGGACGCUAAGCAGCCACUUCACCUCUGCCUGGUCCAGCUGUUGUAAUAUAUUUGCAAAAAUUAGAAAAAGUGGAACACUGUGCCUCAAGAUAACAUCUGUUGUGAUGUGGCCCUAUAUAAAUAAAAAUUGGAGCUAGCUUUGGCAUCUUUGCUUGAAAAAUCAAACAAUUAAUCAGAAUAGUCAUUGAUUAAUUUUCUCUUGAUUGACUAAUUAAAUAAACUAAUGAUUGCAGCUCUAACUGUUACCACUGCAGUGUUUGUGAACUCUACCCUGGCUCCCUUAAGGACUGUUUUUCAUAAGAGCUGGCUUCCAGCUUGUACAACUACAUUUCAUGUGUCCAACUAGUCUAUGAUGAUGUUCCUCUUGUCUGUUUCUGUUUGUGGCUAUUGAGUAUGUAGACAUUAUCAAACUCUUGUUUUUUAAGUGUUACGUAUCCUAAACCUUUAAUGUGGUAGUGAAAUAAAGUUGUGUCUGUUACUUAGGUGGAUGUUGCAGGGUUUUGUUCUGUUCCUGCAAUUAGAAACAGAUCAUAUUAAACAAGGCUGUCAUUUCAUUACAGGUUGAUUGGCUGGCAGUCACUUGUUUGUGUUGUUAGUUUAAUCAGCUUGAAAAUGAAAUGUUUCAUUUGCAAUAUAUAUAAGGAUACUGAAGAAAUACAAACAUUUUGUGUUUUUUUAUUACAGAAUACUGUUACUGUACAAAAAAUGUUCAGCUGGGCUUGUUGAAAAGAUGCAAUUGAAAAGUGUCUGAAUAAAAUUUAAGCUGUUUA